UGCGGCGCCGCUCGAGCCGUUGUUGCGCCGGGCCGCGCCGCCGCCGCUCCGCCAUGUGGCUGCUGGCCGCUUCCGUGCUGCUCGGCGCCCUGCGCGCAGGUUCUGCCGAGUUGACACUUGAGGGGGGAGGUAUAAUAGAAAAAAAUGACUGUAAUGAAACUGUGGUUUUACCUUGUUACGUGACUAAUCUGGAGGAGAAAAAUGAAAAUGCCUUGUUUGUUACAUGGAAAAAGCAAGAAACACCCAUUUUUUCUUAUCGUGGAGCAACCAAGAAGUUUACUAUUGAUCCCUCGUUUUCGUCUGCAAGAUUUUUAUCCCAGGGGAAAUUAAUCGAUGGGGAUGCCUCGCUGGUGCUCAACAGUGCACAAGCAACUGUUGGAAAUUACAGCUGUAAAGUAACAGAAUCAAACAGAGAAGGAGAAAUAAAAAUGGAACUUAAAAGCAGCUCAGUUGUCAGUUGCGGCGAUGAAACACCAGAGGAUAAACGCGGAUCAUGGUUCCUUCUAGUGGAAAGGGCUGUCAUCAUAUCACUGGUGUGCUUACUUGUUAUUUUGUGUGCAGCUCAGUUAAGUGUUAUUGGAUUAAAAUAUGAAAUUGAAUCUCAGAGGAAAGUGUGCAUUAUUGUAGCACUUGUCAUCUUUGCAGUAGUAGCCGGUGUAGGUGCUGCUCUUUUUAUCCAAGAUGGCUACACUGCACAGAAUCAGGCUGGUCUUGGCCUAAUUGUAAUUCCUGCUGUGAUUUUGGUACCACUUCAGUAUGUCAUGUUUGGAAUUGUUUUUGACAGUCUACUGCAGGCAACAUUGGCUCUGAUAGGUUUGAAACUUCUUGGUUUUAUAAUUGCUGUGGUUGGUUUUGCACUGUGUGUCCCAGCCUGUCCUCCAUUACAUGGGUCUGUUCUGAUUGCUGGCUUAGCUAUUAUGGCUAUUGCAAGUUUGCUUAGUCUGGCUUACGUGUUUUUUAUGGGUUCCAGAAUGAAAGAUCAUCCUCGUCCGGGGAACUGCAGAGCUAUGUGAUGCGUACAUAAAAAGUACACCAUUGUUGAUACACCGUGGCCUUGAUGAUGCACUACUCAACGGGAAGAAAUUCAGGAAUCUAGUUGUUUUGCAUGUGUGGCAAAAGUGCUUUUGAUAUAAAUGACAUAAUUUUAUAGUCACAGCAGCUGUAGCAAGGAACAUGUGUGUUUGCCCACAUGUGAUCUUUAUUUUCUUUUGUUAUGGUCUCUAUGGGAUGGUUGAGAGUGAGAAUAUAAAAAGCACUUAUUUGCCCAGUACAGAGUCUCCCUGCAGUAAUCCUUAGUGGUAUUAUUUUCAAAAACUGUCAUUAAUCACUGCUUUCGUAAUGGGCCUGCUGAGCCCAGAGAUUGCAAUACCAUUUAGACUAUUGUUUUCUUUAUUUGUGUGCAUGGACAAAGUAUGGUUUAUGUGUAUGAUACAAGCAGGAAGUAGAGAUUGUACAAAUACAUGUUUUCUGACAUUCAGCAGGUUUUUAUUAAAAAAAAAAAAGAAAAAGUUACACACAAAGUUGCGUAAGUACAAAGUUUACUCCCAGUUCUCCUGAAAUUAUUAACAGAGUUCUACUUCUGUGAGACAUUAGUAUUCCUCUCCACGGACAGUAGUCACGUGUGCUCUGGUGGCUGAUAUUUUUUUCCAGUGAGAGGGCUCCCUGUGCCUCCUCUGUAUCCUUUGAUGAGAAACUGCUCAGCUGUUGGAGCCUAAUUCAGCACUGGAAUUACAGAGCACAGGAGCUGGUAAUCUUAAUGCUGAAUGUGGUUCUUGUGUGUGUUCAUGUUGUGCAGUAUGUGGAACUGGAAGCAAUUUCAGGCUUUCUUAACUCAGUGAAUUUGUGAAAGUCGUGGAUGCUUCAUAAAAAUAGGAGUUGUCCUAUUCAGUGUAUUUUUGACAGAGUUUAAAUCUUGUUUUCUUGAAUGGAAAAGAGCUAUAUAAUUUCUGGCCCAGGUUUGUGUUGCUGCCGUUACAUCACAAAUACAUAAAAUAAAAAGUAGGAGUGAGGAAGAUCAGUUUCUGUAUAUAUCUAAUGGUAUGGUUAAAAAUCAGUUUACUAGGACUUGCACAUUUCAUGAGGUUCUGCUAUGUUUCACAGCUGUUUUGAGAGUUGUUCCAAUAUAGUGGGCUGCUCUUGGACUUUGUGUAUGCUUUGUAGAAAUCUUGACACUGUUUCCUGUUUGUACUAAGGUACUGUAUUUCAAAGGCACACACGAUUUUCUCCUUCUAACAAUUUCAAACUUGGUUUGGAAAGCUGUUGCCAAACAGUCAUGUAAUAAAGUCCUUGUUUUUAAAGAUCCUGAGUAAUUUGGCACUUCUCAAGAGUUGAAUGUUACAAACCAAGGUUCAUAUCCAUGUUGUGGGUGCACGUUGUAGGGAUUUGGGUCUCUGCACGUUGAGCUCCGAGUCGCAUUAAGAAUUCAACAAAAGAAAAUUGCGGUGUCUGAUUUUACAGUAGGUGCUGUCAUAAUCGUCCCUCUUGCCCAGGCUGCAGGAUUGAGCCAUUUAAAGCAAGCCAUGGGUCAGCCCUCACUGGGAUCAGUGGAACUGGACACAGGGAAGAGGAUCACCCACGGGAUAAAAUAUGGGAGAAGCGUGUAGGGUUCACGCUUAGUGUCCUGCUUUGCCAGUGGGAGUACUCACGUAAGGUUUGAGUUCUUACAUAGGAAUCUUUUGGUGCAGGUUUUUCCAUAAUCUCAGUGAUAACUAACUAAAGGUGGGAGCUGGUUCUCCAUUACAAUUCAGUAUAAAAAUUGUUCUAAUUUAGUAGUGUGCAGUGCUCCCUGUUUAUAACUAGUGAUUCCCUCUGGCAAGUUGAAAGUCUUAGCAGCAGAGGAAUAAGAAACCAAAUCAGCUGGAAUUUUGUUGAGGUAUUCUGCCUUAUAAAAACAGUUAUGUAUAAUAGCUUUAUGUUAAUUUCUGUAAAGCAAAUGGCAACAGAACCCUGCUGUGUCACCGUGGGAUCAGGCUGAGCUGUUCCUAGGAAUUGUUGAAGCACGAGGAGCUCAGUGGCUGUGUAUGGGCUGCAGAAUUGUGGCCCCAGAAAUGAGGGAAACCCAUCAUCCUGUUGCGUUAAGGGCUGGAUUUCUUGUAGGUGGGAAUUUAAAAGCAAGAAUUUAAAAAGUCAUUGGUACACCCAGCCAACCCUUUCCCACCAAGUAGUAUAAACCAAAGUUGUUCAUAACUGUUUGCUUUCAUUUGUGUGUGUACAUAUGUGUGUAUAUAUAAAUAUAUAGACAUUUUAAAUAUCUAUAGAUCUAUAGUCUUUACCCAAGAAACUUUUUAUUUAUGAAACAUAAAAUGAUUUUGUAAAUAUUGUGCUAAUAUACUUAAAAAAAUAAAGUCAUUUUAAGUUGUU